AUGGCCUCUCGUUUAGAAGUUAUUGAAUGGUGUCAAAAUCUAAAAAUUCUUGAAGAAAAACUUGAAAAAAAUCAAUCACAAAAUGGAGGAGAAAAUCUACUAAACAUGAUACUUAAUGAAGGAGAAUUUCUUAGAGAGGUUUUAAUCCUUAGCAUUAAUCCUCUAACGUUCUCAUUAACUACUGUACAAUUCCAUUUGAUUAAAGCAGCUUGCAUGGUUUUACGUAAAACGCGUUUAUGCUUGCAUCGAAUUGAAGAAUGUACCCCGAUAAAUGCUCAACCAGCGUUAUUCCACGCUUUUAUACAUUAUGGACAAGAUCUUAUUGGCGGGGAUCCACGUAAUGAUCCUGUAAUUUUAUUCCACCGAUGGACGAUAAGGUCAAAAUAUAAAAACAUUGAUUUCGGAUAUGAAUUUAAUAAAAGUGAAAAAUCAGUUAAAUUAUUGGAAAAUCUUUAUCAAACUUUAUCAAAAGAAUUUGAGGAUUCUGCUACGAAUCCGGAUUUUCCUAGUCCAACUUCUAUAUCGAUCAAUAACAUAUUUCGAUGUCAAUUAGCAUAUGAACUAGGGGAAUAUUAUUUUUCAUCUGAUAAAAGGAAAUCUAUUGAAUAUCUAUGUAAAUGUAGAUUUUCGGAUGACAAAUAUAUUGAAGAAUAUGAUUCAUUCUGUGAUAUAAAUGAAACACGAGUUGAAAAGUUAAUUAGAACUCAGUUGGAAGUUAUAACAGUACUUUCCCCAGAUGAACAAAUUAAUCACUUUAUACAAUAUGGACAAGACUAUGAGGGCGUUUUCUUGGUGCUUCUUAGAGCUCUUUUGGAGAAUAUAUCAUUAAGAAUUUCCAAGGAUUUUCGAAACAUUUUAGUUUCUAAUGCGUUCAAUAAAAAUCAAGAGAUAUCUGCUAUCAAGAUUUCCUUAUGUAAUGCUUUCGAUUUGCCACCAGAUUCAUCUUCAGAGGAGAUGAUUAAUUUGGUUCCAGAACAUUGUUUUCAUUAUCUAAAUUAUAAUUUUGAUGAGAGCAUAAUUGAAGAGGUUGCUAAGUUAAUCAAGACAUUAUAUGGUAAUUUCCCUGGUUCAAAGAUGAGUGAAAGUCAGAAAAACUUUGUUUCUAGCUUUUUCAAAAAGAUCGACAAUAGUAAAGUAUGGAGAAUUAUAAAAAAGAUUGAAGGUUUCGAAUUUGUACAAUAUCCACUUGAACAGUUCUUCGAUGAAAUCGCACAAUUUAAUCUUAAAUAUAAGAAUUAUAAGUCUGGAAAUUUAGAGUUAAAUGAUUAUACUUCUACUAAAAAUUUAGAUGAUGACCUCGAUUCUUUAUUAAAAGAGUUAAAUCUGGUGAGUCCGGAACGCCAAGAUGAUGUUGAUAUAUCUACAGAUGAAGUCAAUCUAGGUCAAACAAUACAGGAACGUUGGUUGGAGAUCACGGACUCAAUAAAAAAAUUACAAGGAGAAGAUUCAUAUGCCGGAAAGAUCGAAGAGAUAGAAAACUUGUGCAUCGAUACGCUCGACAAAUAUGGCAUUAUGGAAUUUCAAAUUUUGAAAGAUUUAUCUUGUAGAUUAAUGGACUUUUGCCGCUGGCGAUUUCUUAAACAAUUUUUAAAGAAAGUACAAAAGCUGAAACUUAAAGAUGAAUUCAAGAACAAAAUAAUCGAGCAUUUUCGAUUUUGUAAAAUAAUGUCAUCAUGUGUUGGGAUCUUGGAGCCAUUUACGGAAUUUUCAAAGGAUAUUUCAAAUGGUUUUGAUGUUACAAUGGAUCAAAAACAGUUUGAUAUAAUAUCAAACAUAAAAUCAGAUGAUAUUAAAAAUGUGAGAGCGAACUCGAUGAAAUUUUUUAAAGCUCUUUCUUCAAGAGGAGUAACUUUGAAGGAACCUGUCUUUGAAGUUAUCGCCAAACUUGAACAUCAAAAAUGGAUUCACCAAAUUAUCGGAUGUAUGCUUGCUGGAUAUUUAUGUGGACGGCAACGGGAUCAAGAGUUUAAGCAAGUUAAUCCCAUGUUGUACGGUCCAUUAACAAUCAUUAUGAUGCCAGCUGAUUGUGCAGUAAGAUAUUGGCCAUAUGUAUCGAUUAUCAUGGACGCAUUUAUUUAUCACUCUUCUUUCUAUAUGAAUAUGAAAGUUAAUGAAGAGAGUAUCUGGCAUUCAUAUGCAAUUCCCAAAAUGAUUCAAUGUUGUCUAUCUAAAAAAGAAAUGAUUGCGGCAUUGGUAUUGCAUCAAUUUAUACGGGGUAACGUCACUUGGCAGGCAAAAUAUACAUUAACUACUAAAGUCAUUGAGAAUGGAGUAUUGCAGUCUUCAAUAUUCACUAGAUUUAUAUAUGAAACUAAAUUAUUAUUACAUAUUGUUGACACUUUGCAUAAAGUAGGAGAACUUUCUAGAUGCAGUCAAAUUAUCGAAUGGCUAAAAUCUUCAAUACAAGAAGAGACACCUUCAAUUGCUAGUAGUACUUAUAUUAGCUUUGACACAUCUUUAUUAAGUGGAAAACAUGGGGAUUCUACUUACAGGCUAAAAAAGAAAUUAAUUGGAGUGGAUAUCGAUCCUAAUCAUCGUAAAGUUAAAAUUGAAGAAUUACAAUUCGAAUUUUUGAAAACACUAAGUUUAUGGAUUGAUGAACAAUUGGAGGACGAAGAAAGGAAAUUAUAUACGGUUGUAAUUCUUGACUACCAAAUAUUCGUUAUAUUCCUACUAUACAUACAAAUUAUUGCCAUUAUCAAAAAUGUACAAUAA